AUGCUCCUGCGCAUGAAUCCCGUGAACGAAUCCGAAGCCUUGGAGUCCUUCUUGCGGCUGUCUGGUGGUGGCGAGAACAUCACCGCUGAGGACUGCCGCACCGGCCUUUUCCAGCUUCUGCAGAACAUAGGUGAGUCCUUGAUUGGGGACACCUCUGAGCGAAUCAUUGACACCGUCAUGGUGUCCUUGCCUCUGCAUUUCCCGAUGUACACGCUACCCCUUGCACGACUGAUGGAACUGACGGAAGUGGAGCCACAUGAGGUCAGCAAUCAAACAGCUCUCGCCAAGAAAGCCCCAGUUCAACCAAUACAGGAAAGGGUCUUUCGAGAGCUGUCCUCAGAGUCGUCAUGGAUCAUGGUCAAGAGCCGAACGGAGUUAGAACUGAUCGCGACACCGGCAGCUUCAAUUGGUGGUUCGCCUGGCGAAGGGACCUUCACAGUGGACAUGGACCGUCUGCAGCUUGCUCCGGUGGUGCUGCAGUCCGUUAAGCACAGGCUGCUCUUGUACUUGCAGAAUGAGGACCUAGUGGGAUACCGCGUCUGCUUGAAUUUGCAAACCGUGUUUCUGAGGGGCUUCCCAGCGGAUCCUCUUGGUGAUCUGAUUCCUGGCUUUGAUGAAGCAAACGUGGAUUCUGGUUCUCUUGCAGUAUCUCGUUUCCUGUUCCAGAACGGCUUUUCUGCAGUGGGCGGCGUCGACCGUCAGGGAUGGUCACCGCUGCACUAUGGCGCUUUGGCCGGGGAUCCGGUGCUGCUCCGGAGCUUGCUCGAACACAGCGCUCAUCUUGAUCGCUUGACGAAGAAGCCUCAACCACAAGCAGGGGUGCCACCUCGAACGUCGGCACUGUCCAUUUGCUUGAUGUUCAAGCACAACGAGGCUGCCCGCAUACUUCUGGCAGCGAAGGCUCAGGUCGGCAGUGGCAUUCAACCACCUAUCAGUUUGGCGGCCAUGGCGAACAAUCCGAAAGGUAUUCGCAUUCUUUGCGAGGCCGGCUGCAAGCCUGACAUGAAGGACAUUCUGGGCUUCUCCGCCUUUGACGCAGCCUGCGGUGCGGGCAGUCUAGAGGCGAUGCAGGAGCUCCUUACCCAGGCAGAGUACCGAAUCGAUCUCUCCCGGUCCUUCUUCGCCUCCAUGUCCAACAGAGGUGGAAAGGCCGAGCUUGUGGAGCUCCUGAUCACACUACGAGCUGACAUGAACACCCCCUUCAAGCAGCGCUUGCUAAGCAUCCACGGCAUCUUGUUUGCUGUGAAGUCGCUGCAGUACCGGUUGGGGAGGCACACAAUUCUUACCAGGCUGGCACACCACGGUCAUGGUGCAACGCCGCUUAUGUUUGCGGUUAUGACUGGGCAGUAUGAAGGUGCUGCUGCACUCUUAGCCGCGGGUGCAAGUUCCGAUGCACGCAACGCACGCAAUCGCACGGUAGCAGACUUCGCACGGGAGCAGUCUUUGCCGUUUUUCUUGAGGGAGGCGUUGGAGGGGCGGACGGAAGAAGCCCGGGAGUUGGUUGCCGUUGCAAUCGCCAGCAACACCUUCCAAAUCUGA